UAGACGUUGAUUAGAAAAUUUGGUACAAGAUGGCAGCUUACGUGAUACGAGGGCAUACCGUCAUCAACUGACUUAAUUAUUUGUGUGCCUUUUUGAAUGUAAUGUUGACUUCCAAAGAUCACUGUGUUAAAUUGAAAGAAACAAUUUAAAAUUUAGUUCGAGUAGAAGAAUGGAUGACGACGACGAUCCGUACGAAAGUCUUCCCCCGUCCACGACAGCAGUCACCCACAUGCUGGCAGGGGCUAUGGCAGGAGUUGGCGAGCAUUGCGUAAUGUACCCAUUCGACUGCGUCAAGACAAGAAUGCAGAGCCUUGUCCCCGACCCUCGUGCAGACUAUCGUGGUGUUGUCGAUGCUAUUGUCACGAUAUUUCGCCAUGAAGGAUUACGUAACACCACGCGAGGGAUAGGGGCAGUGGUGGGAGGGGCAGGACCUGCUCACGCUCUGUACUUUGCCUGCUAUGAAAAUCUGAAGAAGAGAUUAAGUAAUGGGCAACAAGGGAACCAUUUGGCACAUGGUGUUGCUGGCUGUGUGGCCACUUUGUUACAUGACCUCUUCAUGAACCCUGCAGACGUGAUCAAGCAGCGCAUGCAGGUGUAUGGUAGUCCCUACAGAUCGUGUACUGAGUGUGGGGCACACAUCUUCAAGACAGAAGGGGCCAAGGCAUUCUACAGGAGCUUCCCUACACAACUGACCAUGAACGUUCCAUUUCAGGCGGUUCAUUUUAUGACUUACGAACUGACCCAGGAUGUGAUGAAUCCUACUCGAAAGUAUGACCCUCUGACCCACGGUGUGUCAGGUGCUAUCGCAGGAGCCUGUGCGGCGGCCAUUACCAUGCCUCUAGACGUGUGCAAGACCCUGUUAAACACGCAGGAGCAUUGCUCAAGAACUAACACUGUGUCCUAUAUAAAUGGUAUGGGAGCAGCAUUUCGAACUGUGUACGAAUACCAGGGAAUUAGAGGUUAUUUCCGGGGGUUGACGGCGCGUGUUUGUUAUCAGAUGCCUGGGACGGCCAUUUCCUGGUCUAUAUACGAGUUUUUCAAGUUUGUUUUAAACAAGACUGCAGAGGUGGAUGAUGGUCACUACUUGACAGUUAAAACGCUGAAGGCGCAAUCAAACAACCCGGAAUAGGUCUGCUUACUUGAUGAUGUCGAGUUUUGAUUUUGAGCUUGUGGCUGUGAUAAGUCUGUUGGGUUUGUUCGUUAAUUGCUCGGUAAAUCUUUCAGAUCAUACUGUUUUUAGUUUUAGAAAAACUUGAAUGUCUGAAUGAAAAAAAGUACCAGUAUUAGCAGUAAAUCCAAAAGUUUGAGCAUGAAGAGUCUUGUCAAGAUUUUGCUGAUAAAAAAUUCAUGGAAAUACCAUAACAACAAAGCGUAGAAGACGGAGUGGAGGUUGUUGGUGGGUGGCUUGUCAGGCAGUGGACUGCUACAGGCUGUGGUGCUCAAACUGUGUGUAGUGGAUACUGGAUACGUGAAAUACAUCACUGGAUACGUGAAAUCUGUGUCAGUAGAGGACUGCUGCAUGGAAUAUUUAUAGUGCAAGUGCCUAUGAGACUUGGGUGCCAGGAGUGGAUUGCUGCGAUUCAUGGUAUACUUGUAGUGUGAGUGUUUACAACACCAAGUCAGUUGAGAACUGCUGCAUGGUAUAUUUAUAGUGCGAGUGUUUACGAGACCAAGUCUUCAGUGGCCAAGUGGUGGAGAGGCAUGGCCCUCAAUCACAAUGUUGAUACGGCUCGGUACUCCAUGUACAUUGCUAUUACAAAAAUCAAAUCUAUAUGACUAUGAGCCUUGUUCUGGUCAAACCUUUACCACUAACAUAUGUAUUUUCACGCAUUUAUAGUCCCUUGGAAAGUUAUAUUUAAUUUAAGACCUUUCUUACUAGAUUCAAGUUUUUAAGGCUUCAUCUCCAAACCUAAGGUACUGAUGAGCAACUUCCUACUCAUAUCUGCAUGCAGCAUGGUGGACAUAGUAUUAGUCUCUGCUAGUCACUAGGCAUGUUGGAAACAUUCCAUAGUAAUGUUUUAAGUUUAAUGGAAGUGGAACCAUCAGACUCAUUUAGUCAUUGUCCCUUUAAUAGUUUAACACAUAAUGUCAUUUAUAAUAAAUUAUUAAAUUAUGUUAGUUGUAACUUGUGUUCUUAAAUGUUGUACAUGUGGGUGAACAAUGUGGUCCCAUGUCCUAGUGAUGUAAUUCAUUGUAGUUUCUUUGAAAAAUCAAUAACAGAGAAAAAAACAUGUUGGAUGCUCUUGUAUUAACAAGAAACUGAAGUGAUGAAACUAAAAAAAAAGGGCCAAAAAGUGUAGUAUAUGUUUUUAAAAAGGUGGGCUGAAAAAUAGAUGGGGCCACAUAUUUUACAGUGCAAGGCAUAAAAUGGAAGGAGGCGCAAUAAAUUGUUAUAGUUGUUAUGGACUUAUUUUCUGUUUGAGAUUCUUUUAAACAGUAAUCAUGCACAUACUGUAAAGGGUUACGGUAUGAAAUCAAUGCUUUAAUGAAUGGUUGUAUCUUGUCUGUAUUCAUGUCUUUCAGUCACCAUAGAAGCCAUGUUCUGGAAUUACUAGGCUGAUAGCUUGUGCCCAGUGUCAACCCCGAUUAACCUGUGCAGUCCACAGAGGCUAAUCCUGGACGAUAUGUUCCACUUGAAUUUUGCGGUUAAAGGCAGUCUCUUCUUAAAAAAAAAUCUAGGUGAAAAAGGUUGUCCCUGAUUAGCCUUGGCAAAAGCCGUCCCUGAUUAGCCUGGGAAUUAAGCCCAGUUUUUCCAGAACGAUGCUCAUAUAUAUGCUCUAUUUCAUUGUUUGUGUAGCAAUUUGUGACUAUGUUAUAUUGAUAUUCUCUUGACUUAAACGGCAUUUUAAAUUUCGCUGCAUGAAAAACUGAUUUGAAACAGUACAUAUGUAUAUAUAGUCAGUGCUUAUUGGUAACGGCUAUCAUAUUAAGCUGAAAAGCGACACACUGUUGUUUCUAACAACAUUUUUUCUGCACUCUUGAUAACUGCAGUCUGCAGUGUUCAUGCCAAAUGUGGGUGUUAAUAUGUUCAUUUUGUUUUAAAUUUUAACCAUUAAAACUUUGUUACCUAAACACUAUGUCAGAAGCUGACUUCUACAUAAUAAAGCGAUAUUCGGAGAAAGAU